UUAAGGGCAGCCCUGCCUCCUCCGCUGCAAGGCCCAGGUUGAGAGUUAACACCACGGUGACAGAACUAAGUCUGAGAAAUGCAGGGCGCGGGGGACUGGCGGACAAGCUCGCUCCAACUAAGCGUAGACUGAGCACUACUCAGACAGUCCAGCGAAACCGUCCUCCUCAGCCUUCCUCGGCCCUCAGGCGAAGCUCCCACAGGCAAAGAUGGAACUGGGGAGGAGCAAAUAGUCAAGGGCGCGCGCGCGCAACGUGACGUCAGAUACGCGACGCGUCGCAACGCAGUGCAAAUUGGGAAUCGGGGAUGAGCUGGGCUGGCUUCCGUCCGGAUAGCGAUUCUUCCUCGAGUUGGUGGGAGAUGGGCCUUUGGCGAGGAGGCCGGCGUUAGUGAAGUGCGCCGGGCUCCAAGGAAAGAACUCCUUUUAAUGAAGUACACCAUUCACUGCUGAAGUGGAAGAGUAGAGAUUAUUCAUCAUGCCUGCCGUGGCUUCAGUUCCUAAAGAACUCUACCUCAGUUCUUCACUAAAAGACCUCAAUAAGAAGACAGAAGUUAAACCAGAGAAAAUAAGCACUAAGAAUUAUGUACAGAGUGCCCUGAAGAUCUUCAAGACUGCAGAAGAAAGCAGAUUAGAUCGUGAUGAGGAAAGGGCCUAUGUGCUGUAUAUGAAAUAUGUGACUGUUUAUAAUCUUAUUAAAAAAAGGCCUGAUUUCAAGCAACAGCAGGACUACUUUCAUUCUAUACUUGGACCUGCAAACAUCAAAAAAGCUAUUGAAGAAGCUGAAAGACUCUCUGAAAGCCUUAAACUCAGAUAUGAAGAAGCUGAAGUUCGGAAAAAACUUGAAGAAAAGGACAGACAGGAGAAAGAGCAGCUGCAGAAACAGAAAAAGCAGGAAGCAGAAAGAGAGGAUGAUGGCACAUCAGAUAAAAGUUCUUUGGAAAAGGUACUGGAUGCCAAAGACAAAACCCAAAAGAUAAAUGGUGAAAAGAGUGAAAAAAAUGAGACUACAGAGAAAGGAGCAAUCACAGCGAAGGAGCUAUACACAAUGAUGAUGGAUAAAAACAUCAGCUUGAUUAUAAUGGAUGCUCGAAGAAUGCAGGAUUAUCUGGAUUCCCAUAUUUCAGAUUCUCUCAGUGUUCCCGAAGAAGCCAUCAGUCCAGGAGUCACUGCUAGUUGGAUUGAAGCAAACCUCCCAGAUGAUUCUAAAGACACAUGGAAGAAGAGGGGGAGUGUGGAUUAUGUGGUCCUUCUUGACUGGUUUAGUUCUGCAAAAGAUUUACAACUUGGGACAACUCUACGGAGUCUGAAAGAUGCACUUUUCAAGUGGGAAAGUAAAGCUGUCCUGCACAAGGAACCUUUGGUUUUAGAAGGAGGCUAUGAAAACUGGCUCCUUUGUUAUCCACAGUAUACAACAAAUGCUAAAGUUACGCCACCCCCACGAGGCAAGAAUGAAGAGGUGUCUGUCUCAUUGGACUUUACUUACCCUUCACUGGAAGACUCAGUUCCUUCUAAACCUACUGCCCAGAUGAUACCUCCUAUAGAAAUCAGUGAAAAUACAGAAUUGAUAAACAGUCAAAAUGAGAGAAUGGGACCACUGAAUAUAUCAGCUCCAGUUGAACCAAUUGCUGCUUCUAAAUCUGAUGUCUCACCCAUAAUUCAGCCAGUGCCUAUUUUAAAGAAUAUUCCACAGAUUGAUCGUACUAAGAAACCGGCAAUCAAAUUGCCUGAAGAUUAUAGAAUAAAAUCUGAAAGUACAGAUCAUGAGGAACAGUCUCCUCAGAGUGAAAAAGUUGUUCCUGAUCGUUCCACAAAACCGGUAUUUCCCCCUCCAACUGCCAUGUUAACAGAUGAAGAAAAAGCUCGUAUUCAUGCAGAAACUGCUCUUCUAAUGGAAAAAAACAAACAAGAAAAAGAACUUAGAGAAAGGCAGCAAGAGGAGCAAAAAGAGAGACUGAGGAGGGAAGAACAAGAACAAAAAGACAGAAAGGAACAAGAAGCUGAAGAAAAUGAAAUCACAGAGAAGCAACUAAAAGCAGAACAAAUGGAGAGGAAAGAAAGUGAACAGGCCAGGAAAGAAGAUAAAGAAACUUCAGCAAAGAGGGGCAGAGAAAUAACAGGAAUAAAAAGACAAAGUAAAAGUGAACAUGAGACUACUGAUGCCAAGAAAUCUGUAGAAGAUAGGGGGAAAAGGUGUCCAACCCCAGAAGUGCAGAAGAGAUCAACAGGAGAUGUGCCUCAUGCCUCUGUGGCAGGAGAUUCAAGUUCAGGCAAGUCUCGAGAGCCUUUGACAAGAGCAAGAAGUGAAGAAAUGGGGAGGGUUGUACCAGGACUGCCGUCAGGCUGGGCCAAGUUUCUUGAUCCCAUCACUGGAACUUUUCGUUAUUAUCAUUCGCCUACCAACACUGUUCAUAUGUAUCCACCGGAAAUGGCUCCUUCAUCCGCACCUCCUUCCACCCCUCCAACUCAUAAAGCCAAGCCACAGAUUCCUGCUGAGCGGGAUAGGGAACCAUCUAAACUGAAGCGCUCCUACUCCUCCCCAGAUAUCACCCAGGCCAUUCAAGAGGAAGAGAAGAGGAGGCCAACAGUAACUCCAGCAGUUAAUCGGGAAAACAAGCCAACAAGCUAUCCUAAAGCUGAGAUCACAAGGCUUUCUGCUUCUCAAAUUCGGAACCUCAAUCCUGUUUUUGGAGGAUCUGGACCAGCUCUCACUGGACUUCGUAAUUUAGGAAAUACUUGUUACAUGAACUCAAUACUACAGUGCCUGUGUAAUACGCCACAUCUGGCUGAUUAUUUCAACCGCAACUGUUACCAGGAUGAUAUUAAUAGGUCAAAUUUGUUGGGACAUAAAGGUGAAGUGGCGGAAGAAUUUGGCAUAAUCAUGAAAGCCCUGUGGACAGGACAGUACCGGUACAUCAGUCCAAAAGACUUUAAAAUCACCAUUGGGAAGAUCAAUGACCAGUUUGCAGGAUACAGCCAGCAAGAUUCACAAGAACUGCUUCUGUUCCUAAUGGAUGGUCUCCAUGAAGAUCUUAAUAAAGCUGAUAAUCGGAAGAGACAUAAAGAAGAAAAUAAUGAUCAUCUUGAUGACUUUAAAGCUGCAGAACAUGCAUGGCAGAAACACAAGCAGCUCAAUGAAUCUAUCAUUGUUGCACUUUUUCAGGGUCAAUUCAAAUCCACAGUACAGUGCCUCACCUGUCACAAAAAGUCUAGGACAUUUGAGGCCUUCAUGUAUUUGUCUCUCCCACUAGCAUCUACAAGUAAAUGUACAUUACAGGAUUGCCUUAGGUUAUUUUCCAAAGAAGAAAAACUCACAGAUAACAACAGGUUUUACUGCAGUCAUUGCAGAGCUCGUCGGGAUUCCCUAAAAAAGAUAGAAAUCUGGAAGCUGCCACCUGUGCUUUUAGUGCAUCUGAAACGUUUUUCCUAUGAUGGCAGGUGGAAGCAAAAAUUACAGACGUCUGUGGACUUUCCAUUAGAAAAUCUUGACUUGUCGCAGUAUGUUAUUGGCCCAAAGAACAAUCUGAAGAAAUACAACUUGUUUUCUGUUUCAAAUCACUACGGUGGGCUGGAUGGUGGCCACUACACUGCCUAUUGUAAAAAUGCAGCAAGACAGCGGUGGUUUAAAUUUGACGAUCACGAGGUUUCUGAUAUUUCCAUUUCUUCAGUGAAAUCUUCAGCAGCUUAUAUCCUCUUUUAUACGUCACUGGGACCACGAAUAACUGAUGUAGCCACAUAAGGAAAAGUAGGUUUUAAGCUAGUUACCUUUUAACAGGCUGAGCAACACAACUCUUGGAAUUGCUUAUAAAGAUUCUAGAUAGGCAUCGCUGACCAUUUAAAGGACUUGUAGGACAAUGAGAGCUGUGUUACUAUACCAUAUACUUCUGGUCAGCGCUAUUAUCAAAAAACUGACCAAGAACAUUUAACAAGUAUUGCAGUAAGCAUUCCUUACAGGUACCAUUUAUUUCAAAACAAGUUUUUUAGUUUGCUCCAAAGUUAAAAUAAUUAACUAGCUAAGCAUUAUUAUUCUGCUGGUCUAAAAAUCAUUGUAUCCUUUAUUUUCCUAUUCACUGUUAUGGCCUUUUCACAUUUCUAAAUCCCAGCUUGAUCUAAUGAAUACUCUAGAAUGAUGUAAAGCAGAUAGGAAUGUAUGUGUAUAUAUUUAUUGCACACUUGCACAUCAAAUCAAUGUACAUAGUAUAAUAUGUGGUCCUUUUGUGAAGUCUAGAACUCAGAGGAUUGCUUCCCCGUUCCCCCCCCCCCCCCCCUUUGGCCUAUUCUGAGUAACUGCAGUGCUUUCUUAGGGACAUGACAGGGCAAAGCUAUUUUUUGUUGGCUUUGGGCUGUAUUUGUGCACUAAAUCUUUAUUCUAAAAAAAUAAAUGGAAACUUUUCUUUAAUUUUUUAAAUGAGAAUUUUCAUUUACACCUAAUUAAAAUCUUAAUGAGAAAAACAAUUAAAAUCUC